AUGCAGUCUCGGGUUCCAGACCACCUCAAUAGUAGUGGUCUUCGCAUUGGAUUCUCUGCAGAGAAAGGCAGGGGCGUAUACGCUGCUCGUCCUCUCGAGCCGCGGACCGUCAUCGAGAUCAGUCCGGUGCUUCUGUUCUCCGCUGCAGAAUACAGAGAACAUGGCCGCCAUACUGUGUUGGACCACUACACUUUCAAGUGGAAAGAUGGGCGUAUGGCCCUCGCUCUUGGCCUAGGAUCUCUGUUCAAUCACUCGCAGCAGCCCAAUGUGUCUUAUACCCUUGAUAAGGAGACAGAGUCGAUAAGAUAUACGACGACUCGUCGGAUAGAAGACGGCGAGGAGCUCUUCAUUUUCUAUGGUCAUAAUUUGUGGUUCGACGCAGUAGACGCAGGUACGGUUGAACCGAUCCUCGAAGAUCCUGACGAUGGGUGGGGAGGACUCGCCGGAGUCGAUAAUGACGAAGAAGACAUAUCAGCACUGGAUAUACAGAUUUCAGUGUACGCUCACGGCAACGCACAAGACGUUAUUCCGGAAGACGAGCUGCCAUUUACGCGGAUCAGACUUGUACGGGAUGAUGAAGAAGACGAACUAAUUGCGAUAAAUACACAGCCAGCGUGGGUAGUCGAUGUGCCCGAUGCGCGGCAUACAGCCACAAUGCUGAGCUGGCUCAAGAAGAGUGGGAUCGAGACUCCCACGAUGUCGCAUCUAAAGAGGAUCCGAAAACAAGACGGCAGCCUGACCGUUCUCCUCGCUCUCACGCCAGAGUACCCGCAAGUUCCUGCGCUACCCGACGUCCCCGGAUUGUCCGAACCAUACGUGGUGCACGUACCUAGCACGGUGGCCCUGACGCAAGUCUCGCUGAAGCACAAGAAUACGCUUUGGCCGACCGUGUAUGCGCCCAGGCGGAAGGGGGAGGCAGAAGAAUGGACACGAGGUAAGGCACUCUGGGCUUGUAAAGCCAUGAAACGCGUGGUGGAGGAGGCGCAAGAUGCGGGGCGCCGCGGCGAACUACCGAUCACUGCGCAUGUGCCUAUUCCAUAUGAGAAGGAAACUAGGGACGCGGCACAGCUACCAGCUCCUUUCCUAGCGCACGACACCAGGAUGUCUACCAGCCAUCCCCUCCGUCACGCUGUCCUUAACACUAUCCGCGCCGUCGCCGACUACCGUGCCUCGUCCUCUACAUCGCUACUGUCGACACCCACGCCACCACCCAUUCCACCACCGACGGACUCAUCCGCAUCCAUUCCCCUUCCAGGUGCGGCCGGGACCUCAAGAUUCGUGGCCGAAGUGCAAGCGCCCCAGAACGGGGCCCAUUACCUUCUCACAUCUCUCACGCUCUUCACGACACACGAACCGUGCAUCAUGUGCAGCAUGGCGCUGCUCCAUUCGCGCGUCAAAGAAGUUUUCUACUUGACACCGAUGUCGAGGACAGGGGGAUGCGGAAGUGUUGCAUGUGUGCCUGCUCUGAAGAACGUCAACCAUAGGUAUAACUUGGGCAGAUGGAGAUAUCUCAAAGGUGAACCAGGAGCAAUGGCGGACGAAAGGAGUAUCACGAUUGCAGAUGACAUAGACGCAUAA